AUGGCCUGUAACCAAUCGUCCAUCGAGACCUACGAAUACCUGCUGCCCAACGCGAGCCACGAGGGGGACUCCCGGGUGCCCCCGCCGCCUGCCACGCUCAGGAUGUCCCUGGCGGUCCUCAUGAUGCUGACGGUCGUGGCGGGGUUCCUGGGCAACGCGGCGGUCUGCAUCAUCGUGUACCGGAGGCCGGCCAUGCGCUCCGCCAUCAACCUGCUGCUGGCCACGCUGGCCUUCUCGGACAUCAUGCUAUGCUUGUGCUGCCUGCCCUUCACGGCCGCCACCCUCGUCACCGUCCGCUGGCACUUCGGGGACUCCUUCUGCCGGCUCUCAGCCGCGCUCUACUGGUUCUUCGUCCUGGAGGGUGUGUCCAUCCUGCUCAUCGUCAGCGUGGACCGCUUCCUCAUCAUCGCGCAGCGCCAGGACCGGCUGAAUCCCCGCCGGGCCAAAGUGAUCAUCGCCGCGUCCUGGGCGCUGUCCUUCUGCGUCUCGGCGCCGGCGCUGGCCGGCUGGACGCUGGUGGAGGUGCCGGCGCGGGCCCCGCAGUGCGUGCUGGGCUAUACCGAACUCCCGGCCGGCCGCGCCUACGUGCUGACUCUGGUGGGCGCCGCCUUCUUCGUUCCCUUUGCGGUGAUGCUCGGCGCCCACCUGGGCGUCCUGCACGCGGUGCGCAAGAACGCGGUGCGUGUGCACAACCAGUCCGAGCGCCUGGACCUGCGCCGGCUGCCCCGCGCCUGCCUGCGGCGGCUCCGGCGGCAGCAGCAGCAGGCCAGCCUGGACCUGAGUUUCAAGACCAAGGCCUUCACCACCAUCCUGAUCCUCUUCGUGGGCUUCUCGCUCUGCUGGCUGCCGCACUCGGUGUAUAGCCUGCUGUCCGUGUUCAGCCGGCGCUUUUACUGCGGCCCCUCUUUCUAUGCCACCAGCUCCUGCGUGCUGGGGCUCAGCUACCUCAAGUCCGUUUUCAACCCUAUCGUCUACUGCUGGCGGAUCAAGAAGUUCCGCGAGGCCUGUCUGGAGCUGCUGCCCCCCACCUUCCAGAUCCUCCCCAAAGUGCCUGAGCGGAUCCGGAGGCGAAUCCAGCCGAGCACAGUGUACGCGUGCACGGAGAACCAGUCCGCGGUGUAG